AUGGUGGAGGCGAGGUGCCGUGGGGGACAUUGGGCGACACUCGCGCGGGCGUUGGGGAAAAGUUUGCCGAGGCCGGAUGCGGGUGCGGGUCGAGGACUUGUGAGGGCUUGUCGAGAGAACAUGUGGAGAUCUGGCAUCUGCGGCGCGAUGGCGGGCGGGAGGCGCGAUCGCGAGCCGAGGCCGCGAGAGGUCGGAAUCGGUGGCAGCGUUGCGUGAGAUUGGCGACGGAUAUUUUAUUGGAGUGUUUGGGUCCGAAAAGAUCAGCGCGAGGUGGCGAGCGCCGUGGGGCCCGCAGCAUCCAUGGCAGCUGCCGAGGGAGGGAAAAGGAGGCAGGCGCUCGCUCUUUCGAUGUCCCCUGCCCACAACUGAGUGCACUGCUCCCUCUCCAUCCUCAUCAGCCGGGUCGUAUGCCUCCCUGUCUCGCUGUUGUGCGACGUUGCUGGAGCUGAGCGUGGACGAGGGUGGGCAGUGAGAUUGGUGGGUUUGGGUGGCCCGGUCUGCUGUUGUCUGCCGAGAGGGAGAGCCGAAAAGCGACGGAGUGAGUGACGAACCUCAUCCAUUAUGGAAGCACAACCUCUUUGCGUCGAAGAAAAAGAUCCAAACCGACGAAGCAGCAAAUUGUUGACCUCUUGAGUGGAGUGGAUUGCCGAGUCUUGCCAGGCAGAUGUCGCUCUGAUGUGCAAACUAGAGUUUUUUACCUCCAGGUUUCCUAUGUGUUCCUGUUGUAACUCAGAUAUCAUCCUGUGACUUCAAUUGUCCAUUACAGCUUCGCCUCCUGGCUCUUUCGCAGAGAAUGCCGCAGGGGUCCGUCCAGGGAUAACGCGAUGGCGCAUCUAAUAGAUUUUCGGUGUCGGUGCUUUGGUGGGUCAGGUUAUCCAGAGGAGAAGAAGAGCAACAUGGCUUUAGCUCCGCAGAUGCAAGGAAAUGUGUCUCCAAUUGGUGGAGCGAGGGUGAAUCUGGGGAUAGCUACUCCGUCGCCGGCACGUUUCCCUUCUGCACAAUUUCCCACGAGGCCGAUGUCCCCCGGUCCGGCCAUCCUCUCGAGGCCGCAGUCCCCCGGCCCCUCAAUCAAAGCUAUAUUGUCCCCUCCCGGUCAAACCGUCGUGCACCAGCAAAGGAAAGAACUUGCUCUUGCACCUGGCGUAAAGGUCAUUCCGCAUCCCGAAAAGGUAGCGAAAGGAGGGGAGGACGCGUACUUUACCAGCAACUACAAGGGAGGAGUCCUGGGCGUUGCCGAUGGUGUCUCUGGAUGGGCUGCCGAAAAUGUCGAUCCUGCCUUGUUCUCAAAGGAAUUCAUGGCUCAUGCCGCCGCCGCCGUAGGUACUGAGGAUGUGAACGAUGACCCCAGGCUCUUGUUGGCCAAAGCCCACCGAGCCACUUGUUCCAUUGGUGCUGCUACUGCAAUUGUUGCAAUUUUGGAUGAAAGGGGCACUCUUCAUGUAGCAAAUCUCGGUGAUUGUGGACUACGACUUAUACGUAACGGGAAGGUAGUCUACGCCACUGCUCCGCAGCAGCAUUAUUUCGACUGCCCGUAUCAAUUCAGCUCGGAGAACGCGCAGACUGCAGACGACGCAGCCAUAUACGAUCUGGAUUUAUUAGAAGGAGACACAAUUGUCAUGGGUUCUGAUGGACUAUUUGACAACGUGUAUGAUUCCGACAUCGAGUCUACUGUGAAAGUAUUCAGUGGGUCAGACGAAGACUCGGCCAAUCGCCUUGCAAUGGCUCUAGCAACACUGGCAAGCAAGCAUGCAAGGGAUCGAAACUAUAAUUCUCCGUAUGCCGUCGAAGCCGUGUCACAGGGUCACGACGUGCCGUGGUAUUCAAAGAUUUUUGGGAAAAAGAUGACAGGCGGAAAGCUCGACGAUAUUACUGUAGUUGUAGGGCACGUUGUGAGCAUGCCUGUAGCAGAUAAGGCAGAGGUUAAAGCGGAGGAAGUACCAUCUGCUCAGGAUGAACAAGGGGAGAAAGUCGAGAAAGUUGCUGAGACGGAAACUUUCACCGGUUUCCAGCAGCCUGAGGCCAAAGGCGAGCAAGUAGGCGAUCUUCUCACAAACGGAAUCAAUGCAAAAACCGAGGAGCCUUUGCCUUGAGCGAGAAGAGUUAGCCUCGUCUCCUGAGUUGUACAUGCUCCUCACUUCCUGAAUCACCCUGUCGUCACCCUCUGCCUAGGGUAACCAUAUUGCCUUCAUGUAGUUGAUUCCAUCGAUUACGUAGCAAGUAGAUAGAUCACAUGGUAAGGCUGGGUACCAAAUAUCUGUGCAUACCCUGGCGAAGCUGUAUAUAGUAUCCAAGCACAAAAUAAGAUCUUAUCGUCCAUACCAUUCUGGGUCUUGGAGCAC